UAGGUAUAAGAGGAAAACAAUUUGCAGUGCAGUAUGUAUUCGUAAAACAAGAUACCUACCCUAUUCUACAAUAAUAAAGUGAAAGCAUAGUGUCAUUAAUAAUAUUAUUGAAAAUAUGAAACUACACGAACAAAUGCGGAAGUAAAAGAAGCUAUGGAAACAGGCAUCACCGAGAAAAAAACAAACAACGCAAGAUAGCAAUUCAGAAUACCCAGAGAAUCUGAUUGAAAUGGCCAUUGAUAAUGCAGGCGAAGCGGAAUUAGAUGUACCUUGGAAUAAAAUGGUUCUUAAACCAAUAAUUGAAGAGCUUAACCAAAAUCGUGUUGUUUUGGCUAGUAGAUCGCCUUCAAGAAAAGAACUACUUCAGCUGAUGGGAUUUAAAAACCUCGAUAUAAUUCCAUCCUCCUAUGAUGAAAAUUUAGAUUCAAAACUUUAUUCAAAUUUUGAUGAUUACGUACAGGAACUUGCUUUACAAAAAAUCUUAGAUGUUGAAAGGACAAUAAAAGCAAAGAAUGAAAAAGCACCUGUAAUGAUAUUAGGUUCAGACACAAUAGUAACUUUGAAUGGCAAAGUGUAUGGAAAACCACAAGAUAAGAAAGAUGCAUUCUUAAAAUUGAAAAGUUUAUCAGGGAAAACGAAUGUGGUUUACACAGGAGUCGCAGUGAAAUUAAACGGUAAAAUUCAUAAAUUUAGUGAUAGUACUCGAGUUCAAUUUGAUAAUUUAAGCGAUGAACGAAUUUGGGAAUAUAUUGAAACUGGUGAACCCAUGGAUAAAGCUGGUGGCUAUGCAAUACAAGGAUUUGGUAGCACAUUGGUAGAGAAAAUUGAUGGAAAUAUCCAUACAGUCGCUGGGUUUCCUCUAUUUAAGUUCACUAAAUGGUUACUUCAACAAUUUCACAGUGAACCUUUAUAAUAAUGUAUGAUCCUUUUA